AUGGUUCCCUCCCUGUUUUCCUCUCCCUUUCCCCCUGUCCUCCUCUCCCUUUCCCCCUGUCCUCCUCUCCCUUUCCCCUUGUCCUCCUCUCCCUUUCCCCCUGUCCUCCUCUCCCUUUCCCCCUGUCCUCUUCUCCCUUUCCCCCUAUCCUCCUCUCCCUUUCCCCCUGUCCUCCUCUCCCUUUCCCCCUGUCCUCCUCUCCCUUUCCCCCUGUCCUCCUCCCUAUUUCCCCCUGUCCUCCUCUCCCUUUCCCCUUGUCCUCCUCUCCCUUUCCCCCUGUCCUCCUCUCCCUUUUCCCCUGUCCUCCUCUCCCUUUCCCCUUGUCCUUCUCUCCCUUUCCCCCUGUCCUCUCCAUUCCCCCCUGUCCUCCUUUCCAUUUCCCCCUGUCCUUCUCUCCCUUUCCCCCUGUCCUCCUCUCCCUUCCCCCCUGUCCUCUCUCCCUUUCCCCCUGUCCUCCUCUCCCUUUCCCCCUGUCCUUCUCUCCCUUUCCCCCUGUCCUCCUCUCCAUUUCCCCCUGUCCUCCUCUCCCUUUCUCCCUGUCCUCUCCCUUUCCCCCUGUCCUCCUCUCCAUUUCCCUCUGUCCUCCUCUCCCUUUCUCCCUGUCCUCCUCUCCCUUUCCCCCUGUCCUCCUCUCCCUUUCCCCCUGUCCUCCUCUCCCUUUCCCCCUGUCCUCCUCUCCCUUUCCCCCUGUCCUCCUCUCCAUUUCCCCCUGUCCUCCUCUCCAUUUCCCCCUGUCAUCCUCUCCCUUUCCCCCUGUCCUCCUCUCCCUUUCCCCCAGUCCUCCUCUCCAUUUCCCCCUGUCCUUCUCUCCCUUUCCCCCUGUCCUUCUCUCCCUUUCCCCCUGUCCUUCCCUCCCACCUUUCAUCCCCCUCUCUCACAUCCCUUCCCUUUCCUACCGUCCUCUCCCACCAUUCACGCUUCUCUCAGCCAUCCCUUUCCCCCCUCCCCUGCCCCUCGCCUUCCCCCACUACCGUCCCUUCCCUUUCCACUACGUUCUCUCGUUCAAUUCAGCCAACAGUACCAGCUUUGCUUGGCCACUGA